AAUCGAGUUGUUCUUUGGUUCAACAUCAAUUGCCGUGCUAAGAGUUUGUAGUCCUUUUUGUGAUAGUCUGAAGUAGUUCGCUGAAAAAGGCGAUUUUCUUCGACUAGUUCCGGUUCCUUGGUGGUAGAGAGUGGUAGUUCAACGGAAGUGAUCUGCAACAAUGGCAUCGUACGCAGCGUGGAAUGCCGCCCAGUCCGGACUGGGAGCGAUGGUGAACCUGACCGUAGUGGACCGGGUUCCGGCCGAUAUGCUGCAUAUGGUGGACGCCCAUUGGUACCAGUUCCCGCCGAUGAACCCGCUGUGGCACUCGAUCCUCGGAUUCGCGAUCUUUGUCCUGUGCUUCAUCUCGCUGGUUGGAAAUGGCUGCGUGGUUUACAUCUUCACCAACACCAAGACACUCCGAACCCCGUCCAACCUGCUAGUGGUCAAUCUAGCUUUCUCGGAUUUCCUGAUGAUGUUCACGAUGGGACCGCCGAUGGUGAUCAACUGCUACCACGAGACCUGGGUCUUUGGACCGUUUGCUUGUGAACUGUACGGCAUGUUGGGAUCCCUGUUCGGCUGCGUCUCCAUCUGGUCAAUGACACUGAUUGCGUUCGAUCGUUACAACGUCAUCGUCAAGGGUCUCUCGGCCAAGCCGAUGACCAACAACGGUGCCCUGCUGCGAAUCUUCCUCGUGUGGGCUUCCUGCCUGGCUUGGACUAUCCCUCCAUUCUUCGGAUGGAACCGAUAUGUCCCCGAGGGUAACAUGAGCGCUUGCGGAACCGACUACCUGACCGACACCUUCCUGAGCCGCUCGUACAUCCUGGUAUACUCGGUCUUUGUCUACUUUGCGCCUCUGCUGAUGAUCAUCUACUCGUAUAUCUUCAUCAUCAAGGCCGUGUCCGCCCACGAGAAGAACAUGCGCGAACAGGCCAAGAAGAUGAACGUAGCUUCGCUGCGAUCGUCGGAAGCCCAGAACACCAGCACCGAAAUGAAGCUGGCCAAGGUCGCCCUCGUCACCAUCUCCCUGUGGUUCAUGGCCUGGACUCCAUACCUGAUCAUCAACUACACCGGAAUCUUCAAAGCGGCCCCGAUCACCCCUCUGGCCACCAUCUGGGGAUCGCUGUUCGCCAAGGCCAACGCCGUCUACAACCCGAUCGUGUACGGAAUCAGCCAUCCAAAGUACCGUGCUGCCCUGUACCAGAAGUUCCCGUCGCUGUCCUGCACGGAUGCCGUCGACGACAGCCAGUCGGUGACCUCCGGCACUACCACCGUGGUCAACGAGGAGAAGCCCUCGGCUUAAGCUGCACGUUGUAACGGUCUCGAGUAUUUUUCUGUUAGUUUCUAGUCAAUUUUCGUUAAUAAAUGCAAGUGAAGAGUA